CUCCGAGUGGCCACCGCGGAGGGCUGUGCCCUAGUCUCCUCCCUUUGGCUGGCCUCAGGCCUGCAACUCUGGUGUCGCCACCGCCAUGGCCCCACAGCAGCUCUUCCGCGCGCUGGUGUCUGCGCAGUGGGUGGCAGAGGCGCUGAAGACCAUGCGCGCCGGGCAGUCCCUGCAGAAGCAGCCCCUACAGUUGCUGGACGCCUCCUGGUAUCUGCCCAAGCUGGGCCGCGAUGCGCGCCGCGAGUUCGAGGAGCGGCACAUCCCGGGCGCCAACUUUUUUGACAUCGACCACUGCAGCGACCAAACGUCGCCCUAUGACCACAUGCUGCCCAGCGCAGCGCACUUCGCGGAGUACGUGGGCCACCUGGGCGUGGGCGCCGACACCCACGUGGUGAUUUACGAUGCCAGCGACCAGGGCCUGUACUCGGCGCCCCGUGUCUGGUGGAUGUUCCGCAUCUUCGGCCACCCCACGGUGUCAUUGCUGGACGGCGGCCUCCGCAACUGGCUGCGCCAGGGUCUCCCGCUGAGCUCAGGCAAGAGCCGCCCGGUCUCCACCGAGUUCCGAGCCACACUGGACCCCGCCUUUGUCAAGACGUAUGAGGACAUCAAGGAGAACAUCGAAUCCCGGCGCUUCCAGGUGGUGGACGCCCGCGCCGCCGGCCGGUUCCAGGGCACCGAGCCCGAGCCCCGAGAUGGCAUUGAACCCGGCCACAUCCCCGGCACUGUGAAUAUCCCCUUCACGGACUUCAUGACCAGCGAGGGCCUGGAGAAGAGCCCCGAGGAGAUCCGCCGCCUGUUCCAGGACCAGAAGGUGGACCUGUCCCAGCCGCUGGUGGCCACUUGUGGCUCCGGUGUCACAGCCUGUCAUGUGGCAUUGGGGGCCUACCUCUGCGGCAAGCCUGACGUGGCCAUCUACGACGGCUCCUGGGUGGAGUGGUACAUGCGUGCCCAGCCCGAGGAUGUCAUCUCUAAGGGCCGGGGGAAGACCCGCUGAGGCUGGGCAGGACACCACACGGGACGCUCCGGCGACGCCAGCCAGCCGCUGUGCCCGGCCUGGUGGUUCUGAUGCUGUUUUCACCAGAAAAGCAUUUCUUCCUCAAACUUGGGUGGCACAUGGGGCAACACCCCAGAGGCCAGGAGUUCUGUUGACUUGUGGGCUCUCCGUGGAGGCAGGAGAGAAGGCGGCAGUGGGCACAGGGGAAAGGAGCCACCCACAUGAUGCCGAGCUAGGCCCCACCUCCCUCUGUUUUGCUGGUGAGGAAAUAAAACAGCCAAGUGC